GGCAGGGCAGUUGGUAUCGUCUAUACAACUGUUUCUUUCGCACUUUGUUUUGUAUCAGCUGACAAGUAUAACAUAAGGCAGCGAAAAAGAGAGACCAUUUUGUGCUGUGUAGUUUGUGAAAAAAUCCAAAUGAAAUUGAGUUUUCAUAAGUUAAUUAUUCAUUUAAAUCGUGUAAAAUUAUGAAUAAAAGUAAACUCAAGUAUUUUCUUUCAAAUUUUCAUAAUUUUUCAUAGAACCAAGUGCAUUUUAACUGUAAAAAAUUGAUUUUUCGAUGCAUUGCAUGACGUCACUUUCCAUAUCGUUUUCACAAACAAAUAAUUAGUAUACACAUGCAUAAUAUUUAAUAAAAUGUCGAACAACAGCACACAAAUACAGUUUACUGAUUGAAUCAAAGAAAUAUAUGGGGAAAAGACAAAAACUUGAAAUAAAUUAGAAACCAUUUUUCACGCAACAAUACAAAGUUUUUCUCGUUUAAUUGCGUAUAUUUUGACAAAAAUUUCUGUUAUUUACGUUUUAUUUUCUCGCCAAGAAACCAACUGAGAAAUUGUUGCUACAGUAUACACAUACUACAAACAAACACAUUCACACUCUGAGUGACAAACACCAUCAAAUGGCAAAGUACAAAUAAUGAAAGGAUUAUCUUCAAAAGAAUGAAAUUCUUAUAAAAUAUCUCAUGAUCAGCUUUUUAACUCAACAAAGAAAAAAAACGCGAAAGUGCACAAUUUCCAAUAAUAUGAUCUGCUAAAAGAAUUCAAAAAAGAUUUUGAAAAGUGUUUAAAAGUAAUUAAAGAAAAACAAUGAUCAGCAACAUAAACAAUAAUCAAUUCGGGAGAACCAGUUUAUCAACAUCAACAAGUUCUUCAACAUCAUCUGGCAUGAUGAAUGGAGCAAACAACAACUUUAGCCUAGAUAAUGGUUUCAGUAUUUACAAUAGAAACAUAGAUUUUUACGAAUCGUUUACUGCAGCCAAAGAAGUUGACGAUGUCAUAAUGAAGCAGGGACAUGAAGAGAAUGAAAAAAAUAGUGUAGUUAGCAUUAACAGCAAAAAUAAUAAUACAACCAUUAUCAACAACAACAACAACAUAAUUAAUUCUAAUAGCAGUCACCAAAAAUCUAAUAUUCUUAUUAAUAAUAAUACUUUCAAGUCAACCCCAUCAGUAAAAACCACAUUGAUAAGUGACCUCAAUAAUCUACACAACUAUUCAAAGUCACCAAAUGCCAUAGAAAAUAAACCAAAUAAGUCACAGCAACAGCAUCAGAAUAACAAAAUGUCUCGCGUCAAUUUAGAAGAAGUUAUCCAACGGCAAGAAAACAAAACUACGGAUGACGAAGAAGAAGACUUUGAUCAGAAAUCGCAAAGUGCACAAUCUAUGAAAAAUGAUGAAAAUUGUGGGGAUGAUAAAAUGCCGGAUCAUCAUGCACGUCGACCAAUGAAUGCCUUUCUAAUUUUUUGUAAAAGACACCGAAGUAUCGUUCGUGAUAGACAUCCCAAUUUAGAAAAUCGAUCGAUAACCAAGAUUUUAGGAGAUUGGUGGGCCAAUCUCGACAAAGAUGAGAAACAGUGCUUUACGGAGUUGGCAAAAAUGUAUAAAGAUGCGUUUUUCUCAGCAAAUCCAAAUUUCAAAUGGUACAAAUUGCCUGCUCCGCCAUUGAGAACUUUGACAACUGUAAAAUCAGGACAAGGAGAUUCUCCAAACAAAGAGUAUCCUUUUGACUAUCCAAUGAGAGAAGAUGCAGCAUCGAGCGACAAAGAUUGGUAUAGCGAUUUUAUUUUGGAAAGUCCUCCAAGUGUUGAAAAAUCACAGACAAAAAGUAGAAAGGCAAACAGUGUCGGAGUAUUUAAAUUAGCUGACGAAACACAGAUGGGAGGCUUAAGCAGUUUAUUAACUAAUUCAAGUGAUAAUAGUGUACAAAAUGAUGACGUUACACAAGACAAGGAACAAUCCCUCCAAGAUGCUUUAUCAGAGACAUCUAACUUUAUCGUCGAAACAAUAUCGUCCUCACGCACCGAACCAUUCGUAAAUAUGCGUAAUAAAUCAAAAGAUCCGUUGUCUCAUCCAAAUAACGUAGUUGCUUCUGCCAAUGGCAAUGAUAACGAAAUCAGCAAAUGGAAAAUAUCCGGACAAAAUUUUGAACCAAGUACUUUCAUGUACGAUGACGAGUUUUAUCGUAACAAAAAAUCGUCCCGCUCAUGCAAAGGAAAACGUUAUCAAGAAAUCAUGAAAUCAAUCGCAAAAACUGGGAGUCCAAACAAACGGAUAAAAAUAAAGCAUGUGCCUGCGAGUAACAAACAAAAUGGUUUCGAUAAUAGCAAGCAAAAAGAAGUAAGUACAAAUUUUGAUGCAAAAGAAGGAUGUAGCACAGAUAUCGACGGCAAAGAUAGUUUUGACAAAUCUAAGAUGUUUGAUGCGUCAGAUUUCGAUCUCGAAGAAAAAAUUAAAGCUUUGCCUGCAUUAAAUUUGGAUGAGUAUCUUGCACGGAAACGAGAAACGAAAAAGACAAAGAAAAAGAUUGGAGGUCGUUCCAAACUGUCUAAAACAACAAAAACCGAUCCAAAGAACAAAAAAAAGCAGGACCAAAACAACGUCAGUGGAAGUCAAAAGCGUAAAGCUCCCAAAGACACAAUUACGCGUCGUGAUGUAACUGCAACAAAAAUUGAGGAUGAAACGAAAAUCAUCAACAUACCUGCGAUCACAAGUACAACUGCUGGGACCAGUGCUUCAGAUUUGUUCACUUUAGCAGAAGUAGCUGUUCAAACCGCCAACAUUGACGCACCGACAACUCUUUAAUCGUAAGUAGGAAGCAAACAUACACAACACAUGGAAUUACAUUGCUAAAUAUUAAGAAAAUAUAUCACUUAAAAAGUAGAUUUUGAUUAAAUUUUACAAGUUUAAAAAAUAGACGUCGUCUCCUCAAAAUCGUAUUUGUAACAAAUUAAUAUUUGUUUGCUCUAAAACCACAUUCAAAAUGUAGCAUAGAGUAAAAAGUUCAUUAUCUUUGCCUCAACACUUAAAUAAAAUACCAAUUAACCGUUAAACAUGCACACGAAAAAUAUUUACUUUUUAUUAUCUUGUAUGAUAACUAAUUUAAAUCUAACAAAUGAUUUAUUUUUACAUGGUAGGAAAAAUGUUUACGUCGAACAUCCUCGUAAGAGACUUUCAUCGCCAUUUCUACUAAAGAGAAAUUAUCAAAACAAUCUAUAUAAAUCUGUUAAUUAUAAUAAUAAUAUAAUAUUGAUGAAAGAAUUGAUAAUAACAAAGAUUUGAAUUAUAUUACAAAAUAUAUAUUAUAUAUAUAAAAAUGAAAUAUACUAAGAGUGUAGUGAUAGAUUAUUUAUAAGCUUACAUGAAUAAUGUACUAACAUCAUUUUUAAAAAAUAUAUUUCUUAGAAUGUAUUUGUUAAAAAUUGAAUAUAUUCUACGUUUGAUUAUUAAAAAUACCAUGUUUAACAUAUUUUCACAAAAAAAAAUGUUUAUUAGCGUUAGUCUUAUGACGAUAAAAAAGCUUCAUACUCAGGCUCAUAACUUGAUUUAAUGGUAAACAAUAGUUUUCAUGUAAUAAUUUUUGUUCUUUAUACCUUGCACUGAUGCAUGAUAACUACAAGUACCUAAUAAACCCAUUAUUUAAUAUUUAUUAUAUGUAUAACCGUUUAUAAAAGGAUUAUCUUAUAUAUUGAAAAACUUUCCUCAAAACAAUAUUUCUCAAUUUUUAUGUCAGAUACCUUAAAUUUUUAGAGAUCUUUAGAAAGAAAUAUAAAAAACAAAAAUAUUGAUGAUAAAAUAAAAAU